AUGCCGCGAGAUCACGGCGGCGGCGGCGGCUUUGACCGCGACCGCGACCGCGACCACGGAGGGUUUGACCGGGACAGGCUGGACCGGCGCCACAGCGGCGGCAGCUUUGACCGGCACGACCGCGGCAGCUACGAGCGGGAGCGCGGCGGCGGCGGCGGUGGGUUUGACCGGCACGGUAGCAGCGGCUUUGACCGCUAUGGCAGCGGCGGGCCCGUCCUCUACGAUCGCCAUGGCGGCGCCCCGCACGACCGCUACGGCGGCGGCGGCCCGCACGACAACGGCGGCGGCUUCGACCCCCGCUACGGGCGGGGGCACGAGCGCGGCGGCGGCGGCGGCGGCGGCGGCGGCGAACCUGCCGGCGGCUUCGAGCGGCUGCGGCGGCCGGCGAUCCGGUAUCGGGUGCAGCUGUCAAACCUGGCCACGACCACCACCUGGGCGGACAUCAAAAUGUUCUUGAAAGCGGCUGGGGACUGCGUCUACGCGUGUGCGCCAGGGGACGGCACUGCGGUGGGGGAGUUUGCUACCGUGGAGGAGUGCCGGGCGGCGCUCGAGAAGCUGCAGGACGUAGCACUGGACGGCAUGCGCGUCCGCAUCGCCGCGAUGAAUUUUGACGAGCGGACCGGACAGCGGACUGACCUAGAUGAGCACGGCAACCCGCGGCCAGACCACCCUGGCGCCCACGGCCGCGGCGGCGACUGGGGCCACGCCAACGGGGACGCGGCGGCCGCGGGUUCAGGGAGCCGCGACCGGAGCCCAUGCGCGCGGGAGAGCGGCAGCGGCGAGGGGCGCGGCGGCGGCGGCGGCGGUGGCGGCCAUGAGAGCGACGGGCGGGAUCCUGCGAAUGCGGGUGCACCUGAGAGUAUCUACUUUGCAUAUGGCGCGCACUACGAAGCCUCCCGCCGCGGGCGCGACGACCAGGGCUCGCGCGACGAUGCGCACGACGCCAAGCGGCCGCGCGGCAGCCCCGACGGCGGCGGCGGCGGCAGCAGGGAGCGGGGGCUGCAGCAGGAGCGGGGGGCCAGCGAGGAGAAGGGGGGUUGGACGCGCGUGGCUUGA